UUACAUUAGUUUACUAAUUUUAUUACUUAUUCGUGGUAAGACAAGAGAAACCAUUGUACAAUACAUCAUAGAGUAGACUAUGUUUGCCUACCUUUUUUGAAUAGAAAGACAUUUGUCACAACACAUUGUUGACAUUUUCAAGAAUCAAAUUGCUCACUAAAUAGUGGUAACACUCCAAGUUAUAUUUGCAAAACCUCUGAUCUCACCCAAAAAUCAGACAUGGCAACCAAAACACAAAACCAGCUUCAUGUAUUCUUCUUCCCUUUCAUGGCUCAAGGACAUCUAAUCCCAGCUAUAGACAUGGCCAAGCUUUUUGCUUUGCGUGGCCAGAGAUCCACCAUCAUCACAACUCCUUACUUCACACCUUUUCUCACCAAAUCACUUGAAAAGAACAGAAAUUUACAUACCCCAGUUGACAUUCUCACGAUUAAGAUUCCCAGUUCUGAGGCUGGAUUUCCCAAAGGGAUCGAGAGUUUAGACAUGGCUCCUACGCCUCAAGUACAAGGCAAAUUUUUUGAAGCUAGUGGCUUAUUUGAGCCACAAAUCGAUGAGCUUUUAGAACUAUACCGACCCGAUUGCCUAGUUGCUGAUAUAUUCUUCCCUUGGGCAACAGAUGUAGCUGCCAAAUAUGGAAUUCCCAGGCUUAUUUUCCAUGGUAGUUCUAAUUUUGCUAUGUGUUGUAAUCUAUCAGUGUUUCGAUCUAAGCCUUAUAAACAUGUCUCGUCUGAAUACGAACCCUUUGUUAUUCCUAAUUUACCAGACAAGAUCGAGUUUACUGCCAGCAGAGUAGCUGAUUUCAUUAAAGAAGAUUCUGAAACUGAAACUGAUCACUUCACAAAAAUGUAUAAGGUAAUGAAAGAAGUUGAAUUGAGAAGCUAUGGCAUUUUGGUGAACAGCUUCUAUGAACUUGAACCAGCUUAUGCUGAUCAUUACCCAAAGGUUAUUCAGGGAAUAAAGACUUGGCAAAUAGGUCCUCUUUUCUUAUACGAUAAAGGGCUAAAUUUGGAAGAACAUGAAUGCUUGAAGUGGCUCCAUUGCAAGAAACCGAAUUCUGUAGUUUAUGUAAGUUUUGGAAGUGUAGCAAAUUUCAACGAUGAACAGCUUAUGGAGAUUGCUACUGGGCUCGAGGCUUCUGGGCAACAAUUCAUUUGGGUUGUGAGAAGAGAAAAGAAAGAAGGGGUUAGUGAAGAAUGGCUUCCAGAAGGAUUUGAAGAGAGAAUGGAAGGAAAGGGUGUCAUAGUAAGAGGAUGGGCACCUCAAAUUCCAAUCCUUGAGCACGAAGCAAUUGGGGGAUUUUUGACUCAUUGUGGUUGGAACUCUACUUUGGAAAGCAUCUGUGCUGGUGUUCCGAUGGUGACUUGGCCUGUUUCGGCAGAGCAAUUUUGUAAUGAGAAGUUGGUUAGUGAAAUUCUGAGAGUUGGGAUUGAAGUUGGAGCUAAGAAAUGGAAAGUACUGGUGGGUGAUUUUGUGAAGAGGGAUGCCAUAGAAAGAGCUGUGACUCGGCUUAUGAAGGGAGAUGAAGCUGAGGAAAUGAGAAGCAGAGUGAAGGAACUUGCAGACAAGGCAAGGAAUGCUAUCUUGGAUGGAGGCUCAUCUGUCUUGGAUUUAGAUGCUUUGUUUCAUGAUUUGAAAAAUGCCAGUGCCACUAGAAAAGAGUGAUAUAUAUAUAUAUGUAUAUGAGUUUCAAUUUAAAAUUAUAUCUUGUGUAGUUUUCUUCUCCACUCUUUUAGUAAUUUAGACAAUCUUAAAAAUCACCUUCGUUAUAAGAGUUUUAUACCUUAUCUUUCUUUAGUUGUGUCAUCGGUAUGUAAUAGGAGAGUUUCCAUCCAUUAAAAAUGACACUAUUCAAUUUAAAAUUACUCUUGCUCUUCGCUUUGCCAAAAAUAAAAAUAAAAAUUACUCUUGUUCUUCUUUAGAA